GUUCCCUAGAGUGAGUGUGUGUGUUGAGUGUUUGUGAAGGGAGUUUUGUGACAUUUUAGGGGGUGAAAAAAGUGCAGACAAGCAAUGAGAUUCCACUUAUUGGUGCUCUUUGCUGUGAUUGCGUCAACAUACCACCAGGCAAGAUGUGCGAUAGUUCCGGCUCAGCAAGUUGACCCAAAUGCGGUUGUGGGAAGUCCAGAGCACAUUGCAUCGCUUCUUCAAGACGGCAACAGAUUUAGACGUGAUGCCUAUGGCAGAGGAUACCACCGUGGUCAAACGCAAUCCCAAUAUUUGAACUUUGGUACAGCGCAGAAUGAAGGAAAAGCCGAGGCGGAAGCUACACAACAUGGAACACGAGCCUACGUCGCUGGUUCUAAUGGCAUGGGACAAGCUCAGAGUCAGUCCGCUGGAGGAGAUUGUGGCGAUUGCAUAGGUGGAGCGGCCGGUAGUGGCCUUUAUGCCGGUGGAACUCUGGAUGAUAAUCGACCAGAUCCAAUUCUGCAUCCUGGCACCAAUGGAAGAACCAGUGUUCAACUAGAUUCACAAGGACGUCCAAUUAUAGACAAACUGCAAUUGCCCGAUGGACGUCUUUGGCCAGAAACACGCCCAGGAGUUGCAGGUGAAACUCACGGUCCUGGAGGAGGAGGCUCCAGUGGAACAGGGAGUGGAACUUCUGGAACAGGGGGAUACCCAUCUGGAGGUUUAGAUGCUACUGGUAGACCGAUCGGGCAGCCAGCAUACGGUCCCGGUGGCACGACAGGGGGUUAUCCAAGUGGAGGAUUGGAUGCAACGGGUAGACCGACUGGACAACCAGCAUACGGUCCCGGUGGCACGACAGGGGGUUAUCCAAGUGGAGGAUUGGAUGCAACGGGUAGACCGACUGGACAACCAGCAUACGGUCCCGGUGGCACGACAGGGGGUUAUCCAAGUGGAGGAUUGGAUGCAACAGGUAGACCGACUGGACAGCCAGGAUACGGCCCCGGUGGCACGACAGGGGGUUAUCCAAGUGGAGGAUUGGAUGCAACAGGUAGACCGACUGGGCAGCCGGCUUACGGUCCCGGUGGCACGACGGGGGGUUAUCCAAGUGGGGGAUUGGAUGCAACAGGUAGACCGACUGGGCAGCCGGCUUACGGUCCCGGUGGCACGACGGGGGGUUAUCCAAGUGGGGGAUUGGAUGCAACAGGUAGACCAACUGGGCAGCCAGCAUAUGGUCCUGGGGGAGCUUCGAGUACAUCAGGCACUUCUGGCACGACAGGGGGAUUCCCUUCCGGAGGUUUAGAUGCUACAGGUAGACCGAUUGGACAGCCAGCAUACGGCCCUGGAGGAGCACCAAGUGGAUCAGGCUCUAAUGGAGUAGGAUCAUCCGGCGGACCUGGAUAUGGAAGAUUACCAGGAGACACCAGUCCGGGAUCUCUGAGGCCAGGCUUACCAUCCACUGGUGACCGCAUUACAGAUAGAGGUCCAGGAUAUGGUCCUGCACAUCCUGGUGAUAGCAGACCAAGUAGCACUGUUGCUCCUGGUGGUUAUGGACCAGGCUCGAAUGGGAAAACUGGGUAUGACUCGAGACCAAGUCAAGGUUCAUCUGUGCCAGGUGUACCAGGUGCGCAAGGCCCGACAGGUGGUCCAGGAGUGGGACAUCAAACUGGUUCAGGGACAACAUAUCAGCCAUCAGGAAGAGGACCUGAUGGAAUUCAUAGCAAUGGAUAUCAACCCGGAAAUGGAGGUACCAGUCAGCAAGCUUAUCAACCAGGAAGUAACGGUAGACCUGCAUCAGGAGGUGCACAUGACAAUCGCUAUGUCCAAAAUGGGCACACUUUACCAGUGCCUGGGACUGGCGGAGCUGAAGUUAUCCUUGGCCCUUCUGGAACGCUUCCUGGAUCUGGCGAUGUUACUUUGUGGACACCAACAGGAACACCGUCUGGAGCGCCCACGAUUCUCUGCUUAACUAUCAGCUGUCCAGGAGGAGGAACUCCACAAAUUUCGGCUCAAUAUUUGCCAUCUAAGCCCGGGCAAUUAUUGCAUGGUACAGCAAGCCCUGGAACUCAAGGCGGAGCAUUCCCAAGUGGAGGAACACAAGGUGGAGCUUUUCCGGGUUCUGGAACCCAAGGUGGAGCUUUCCCAGGCUCUGGAACACAAGGCGGAGCUUUUCCAGGCCCUGGUACUCCAGGCUCUGGAACCCAAGGGGGACCUUACCCAAGUGGUGGAACACAAGGUGGAGCUUUUCCAGGUCCUGGAACUCAAGGUGGAGCUUUCCCAGGCCCUGGAACACAAGGCGGAGUUUUCCCAGGCCCUGGUACCCCAGGGUCUGGAACACAAGGGGGACCCUAUCCAAGUGGAGGAACACAAGGCGGAGCUUUUCCAGGUCCUGGAACACAAGGUGGAGCUUUCCCAGGCUCUGGAACACAAGGUGGAACUUUCCCAGGCCCCGGAACCCAAGGCGGAUCAUAUCCAAGUGGUGGAACCCAAGGCGGCGCUUACCCAGGCCCCGGAACACAAGGCGGACCUUACCCGAGUGGUGGAACACAAGGUGGGACUUAUCCAACUGGUGGAACCCAAGGGGGAGCUUACCCAGGCUCUGGAACCCAAGGCGGAGCAUACCCAAGCGGUGGAACACAAGGUGGGACUUAUCCAAGUGGUGGUACACAAGGUGGGGCUUAUCCUAGUGGUGGGACCCACGGCGGACCUUUACCAGGUUCUGGAACCCAAGGCGGACCUUAUCCAAGUAGUGGGGCUUUCCCAGGGCCUGGUACACAAGGCGGAGCUUUCCCAGGCUCUGGAACCCAAGGCGGACCUUACCCUAGUGGUGGAACCCAAGGCGGAGCUUACCCAGGCUCUGGAACCCAAGGCGGAGCUUACCCAGGCUCUGGAACCCAAGGCGGAGCUUACCCAGGCUCUGGAACCCAAGGCGGUCCAUAUCCAAGUGGUGGAACCCAAGGCGGACCUUAUCCAAGUAGUGGGGCUUACCCAGGGCCUGGUACACAAGGCGGAGCUUACCCAGGCUCUGGAACCCAAGGCGGAGCUUACCCAGGCUCUGGAACCCAAGGCGGAGCUUACCCAGGCUCUGGAACCCAAGGCGGUCCAUAUCCAAGUGGUGGAACACAAGGCGGAGCAUACCCAGGCUCUGGAACCCAAGGUGGACAUUAUCCAAGUGGUGGGGUUUUCCCAGGGCCUGGAACCCAAGGCGGAGCUUACCCAGGCUCUGGAACACAAGGCGGAGCUUUCCCAGGCUCUGGAACCCAAGGUGGACCUUAUCCAAGUGGUGGGGUUUUCCCAGGGCCUGGUACACAAGGCGGACCUUACCCAGGGUCUGGAACACACGGGGGACCCUAUCCAAGUGGUGGAACUCAAGGCGGAGCCUAUCCAGGCUCUGGAACUCAAGGCGGACCUUAUCCAAGUGGUGGAGCCCAGGGCGGAGCGUACCCAAGCGGGGGAGCCCAGGGCGGAGCGUACCCAAGCGGUGGAGCCCAGGGCGGAGCGUACCCAAGUGGUGGAGCCCAGGGCGGAGCGUACCCAAGCGGUGGAAUUUCAUAUCCGGGAGGUGGCACAUAUCCUUAUGGUUACAUUCCAGGUGGUGGUCUUCUGCAAGUGGGGUCUGGCACUGGGGAAGAUGACGAUGCUUUUGCUCAAUCUGAAACAGCAGUCAAAGAUGGUGAAGCCACUGCUAGUGCUCAAGGAAAACGUCACGGUGGUACCGCACAAACACAGGUUUCAGGUUCCUACAGCUCUGGCGGAUCUUUCAGUGCUAAUGCUCAAACAUCAGACAAAGAUCGAGCAGCUCAGGCUCAAGUGACGGGCAGUAAAGACGGUGCAAUGAGUUCAGCACAGGGCACUGGAGGUGCAGCCAAAUCUCAAUCACAAGUAUCAGUUAAUGAGAAGACAGGGGGAACUUCGGCCUCUUCCCAAACUGGUGGAAUAAAUCAUGAGAGUCAAUCUGAGGUACAAGCAAACGAAAAGGGCGGAUUAGCCGACGCACAAGCAAGCGGACCUGGACAAACAUCCUCUCAAGCACAAAUUGGUUUCCGACCUGAAGGCAGUGCAACAGAACAACAUUCAGUAUUCAAUGGAGGUGGUCAAGCAUCAGCACAGGCUUCCUCAUACUCAGGACAGAGUCAGUCCCAAAUACAUGGACAAUUCAAGUAUGGAAUUUCUUACCAUGGAGCCGCUCAGGGCGCUUCCGGAACCAGGGAACAAGUAAAUCAGUACAGGGAACAGAAUCGAGCUGUUUUCCAGACAAUUGAUCAAUUCCAACGAACAAACAGGGAAUCGCUUCCUGGAACUAGUAAUGGUGCUCCUAAUGCGGCCGAUCUUAAAUUGAGAGCGUCCCACCAGACUGUUUCAUAUCAACUGCCAAAUAGCACAGCAACGGGUGCAACUACUGAAGACGAAGUGGAUGAAUACGAAGACGAGGACGAAUACAGUGAUGAAGAUUAUGAGACAAUUCCUGAAGCAAAGUCAGCAACCACAGAUCACAAAUCAACAAAUGGGGAUGUCGAGGCUGAACCGUCAGCAGUUCCAACACCGAAACCUGCUCACACUUUCAGUCAAGUUUCUGGAGAACAGAAGCAACAAGCCACUGUUGUGGGAACCGACAACUUCCGCUUGAUUCAGAAGCAAAAUGGUCGAACACAGUACUAUCCAUCAUCGUCAACAACGGAGAAAAUUCCCGAUGGAUUCAACGGAAAAAUUGAGGAUCAACGUAAAGCAACAUCACCUGUUUCUACACCCGAACCCAAAAAGUUCACCACUCGCUUCCUGCCCUCGAAGCAUCACGAGGUUAAUGGAAAGCACGGCGAAAAGAAGCCCGACAGCUAUGUAACAGUCACAAAGUCUGUGACUGGAAGCAUUGACGACACCAAAUCACCCCCAGAAGAGACGAAGAACUUUGCAUCAACAUAUUACACCAAAUCCUCCACUUGUGGCUACUUCACCUUCUCCUGCAACAUUGUUUACGGCAAGAAUGGACGAAGCAAAAUCUGUCGCCCCAAGGAAACAACAAACGGCAAAUGCUGAUGAUUCAGCAACAUGUC